GACGAACUCAUCACGCUCCGGCACCUGCGCCUGACGCUGUCGCCCGUGAGCGCGUACUGCUACUACCUCGACCCGGCGACGGAGGUCGUGCUGGAGUCAGCCUCGACCCUGUCGGUGUCCAGUUCGCUGCUGGCGCUGGACCUUCGAGAGGAGAAGACGGCCGAGGAGCGGUGCGCGAAGAUGCCGUACGAGGAGUUCCUGGCGCUCUUGCGACGACACCAGGUGCCCCUGUCCAAGUUCGGCCGCGGCAGCGCCAAGAGCCUGCAGGAGUUCUACGACGCCGUCGUGCGCGACCAGAAGUCGUACCUCAUCGUCCACGGGGGCCUGCUGGAGCGGGUCGUCGAGCUGGUGAGAAUAUCGCUGCGCACCAGGGGCCCCGGCAACCGCAUGCACGAGCUGAAAAUCCGGUCCGAGCCCAACGCUGAGGGCGGCACCAGGAGCAGGAAUCAGCCGCUCGCCAUGGUGAUAGACCAGUCCAUGGCGGGCAAGUGGCAGGAGGCCAGCCAGCGGUGCUUCGAGGUGAAGCUCGGCUUGAGCCUGAAGGAGCAGCAGGCCUACUUCACCGUGGACCGGAGCGCCUACUCCUUCCAGGAGGACAGGUCGCACUCGGAGACCAUCCCGGGCAUCAUGACCACCUACAGGAAGCACGGCAUGGCCCUGGGCGUCAAGGACAAGGGUUCCUGCCGGCUGGUGCAGCGGGUGCCCGCCGACCAGAUUGACGCCGGCUUUGCCUGCGAGUGCCGCUGCUCGUUCCGUCGCGCGGCGGAGGGCGCCCCGCUCCGCGCGAGGGUCCACUCCAAGCAGUGGCGAGGCGCGCGCACGUGGUGCUGCCGCUCGCUGGCGCCGCUCUGCCGGGAGCGCCGCUGGCGCGAGGAGGUGAGCCUCGUGCAGCCGACGGCCGCGCAGCCCAAGUACCUGCGGCUCGAUGGUUUUGCGAUGCUGCCUGCGGGGCCCGCAGGGCAGGGACCAGGAGUCCUGGCCUUCUGGCCCUCCACGUCGGUCCUGAAGAAGUGGCAGAUCGACCCGUUGCGGACCGGGCCGGGGCUGGCCGUGGCGAGACCGGGCAAUCGCGUGUCUCGGAUGCAGCGCCCCCGGCUUUCUGGCCACGCGGUGGCUGCAGUCGCGGCAGCGCGCCCGGCCGGGCUUUCCGUGGAGGUGCCCCCGCUCGUGCCACCGCUGCCUGGGAUCCGGCCAGCCUCGUCGCUCGUGGCCACGCCGGCCGGGCCGGAGGGGAGCGAGGGCCCGCUGCACGAGCUGGUCCUGGCGGUCUCCGCAGGUGCUUGGUGCAACGAGGGCCCGCGGGGUGAGGACGAGGGGGAGGUGGAGCACCACGACAACGACGAGGACGAGGACGACGAGGACGACGCCUCGCUUGGCCAGGCGAAGAAAGAGCAGCUGGCGAAGCUAGGCCUCCCAGAAUGCAGCGACUUCACCACCGAGACGGCGGAUGGGCACACCCUGUGGACGUGGGGAGAGUAG